UCAGACGGGAACAACGCACGUGUCCGCAGGAGCUGCAGGAGAACAUGAUCUGAUCCACAGCGGUCAGAUAGUCCUCUAGAAAUACACGUUAUAUCCUCCACCGCGUUUUCUGCUCCCGUUUUAACCGUUAACUCACACUGGAACGGUUGCAGCGACCACCGCGGCUCCUCAGAGGCUCGCAGGCGCGACGAGCAGGUCGACGCUCGGACGGCUAACUGACUAGGGGGGUCGAAGUCAGAAAGUUCUCGGUGUCCAUUUUCGUGUGUUCGCUCUCCGCGCUCACUCGUUGCCUUUUUAGCGGCUCCAGUUGACGUCGGUUGGAGACCGAAGCGAACUGACUGGCAGCCUGCCGGGACGACAUGGCGGACUACCUGAUCAGCGGACAGACCGGUUACGUCCCCGAGGACGGGCUGACGGGGCAACAGCUGUUCAACGGUGGAGACGGACUCACGUACAAUGAUUUCCUGAUUCUUCCAGGCUACAUUGACUUCACAUCUGACCAAGUGGACCUGACGUCGGCGCUCACAAAGCAAAUCACCAUGAAAACCCCUUUUGUCUCCUCGCCCAUGGACACUGUCACAGAAGCCAACAUGGCCAUUGCUAUGGCACUAACAGGUGGCAUCGGCUUCAUCCACCACAACUGUACUCCAGAGUUCCAGGCCAACGAAGUUCGCAAAGUCAAGCGAUAUGAGCAGGGCUUCAUCACAGACCCAGUGGUGAUGAGCCCCAACGAGCGAGUUCGGGACGUCUUCCAGGCCAAAGCCCGCCAUGGCUUCUGUGGCAUCCCCAUCACAGACAACGGCAAGAUGGGCGGCAAGCUGGUGGGAAUAAUCUCCUCCAGAGACAUCGAUUUCCUGAAGGAGGAGGACCAUGAGCUUCCACUGAGCGAGGUGAUGACAAGGCGAGAAGAUCUAGUUGUAGCCCCCGCUGGAGUGACACUGAAAGAAGCCAAUGAAAUCCUGCAGAGGAGUAAGAAAGGUGAGGAAUGUUUUUCUUUUAAGAAUAAUUUUAUUUGCAAUGACAUAAAGCAGAUAAAUAUGCCACUGCAUGAUCAUGUCUUCAUCUCUGUGGUUCCUCCUGCAGGUAAACUGCCCAUAGUGAACGAAGAGGGCUCCCUGGUGUCCAUCAUCGCCCGCACAGACUUAAAGAAGAACCGAGAUUUCCCUCUGGCCUCCAAAGAUUCUCGAAAACAGCUGCUGUGUGGUGCCGCCAUCGGAACCCACAAUGAUGACAAGUACCGUCUGGACCUGCUGGUGCAGAGUGGAGUGGAUGCGGUAGUUCUGGACUCUUCUCAGGGCAACUCCAUCUUCCAGAUCAACAUGAUUAAGUACAUUAAAGAAAAGUAUCCCAACCUGCAGGUCAUUGGAGGAAACGUGGUGACUGCAGCUCAGGCUAAGAACCUGAUCGAUGCUGGAGCAGACGCACUGAGAGUUGGGAUGGGCAGUGGUUCAAUCUGCAUCACACAGGAAGUGCUUGCAUGUGGCAGACCCCAGGCCACGGCUGUCUAUAAAGUUUCGGAGUACGCUAGGCGUUUUGGCGUCCCGGUCAUCGCUGACGGCGGUAUCCAGACUGUCGGACACAUCGCCAAAGCCCUGGCUCUGGGCGCAUCCACAGUGAUGAUGGGCUCUCUGCUGGCUGCCACCAGUGAAGCUCCUGGUGAAUAUUUCUUCUCUGACGGCAUCAGGCUGAAGAAAUACCGCGGUAUGGGCUCCCUGGAUGCCAUGGACAAAAACCUGGGCUCCCAGACCAGAUACUUCAGUGAGAGUGAUAAGAUUAAAGUUGCUCAGGGUGUUUCUGGAGCGGUGCAGGACAAAGGGUCCAUCCAUAAGUUCGUUCCCUACCUGCUUGCUGGCAGUCAACACUCCUGCCAGGACAUUGGAGCCAAAAGCCUCACCCAGCUCAGAGCCAUGAUGUACUCUGGAGACCUGAAAUUUGAAAAGAGAACAACGUCAGCUCAGAGGGAGGGCGGAGUCCACAGCCUGCACAGUUACGAGAAACGUCUCUUUUGAGUCUUCUUCAGGAGAAUCCCUCCGACAGACAUAUUAUGCAAACACACACUACUUGCCAGACCUGCUCACAGUCAGAUUCUACUCAACUUACUUUUCAUCAAUUAGUGUGUGAAGAUCAACACACUCCCAACAGAUCCAUCGGUCUUCCUGCCAUCUAUGCAUCGUCUGUGUUUAGUAUAGAGAUGUGUGUGUGUGUGUGUGUGUGUUUGUGUGUGUGUGUGUGUGAGAGAGAGGAGUUAAAGCAUUUGUCAAUCUGUGCUUGUAUGAUUGAGUCAAAUGGCAAAUCCGCCGGUCUUCAUGUCGUGUUACAGUGUCUCCGUUAAACUGCUGUGUCCAUUUUAAAGCAAAAAAAAAACUAAAUCAGUCGUCCAAGAAUAAAGAUUUUGUGUUUUUCCACAA